UCGAAGUCACUAACUAAAAGUUACCACAUCCUUGAGAAGACCAGACUACAAUUUUCCUUAACUUCUCAAACACUCAAGAAAACAUUUUCAAUUACCUCUUAAAACCCACCCCAAACUUUUCUUUUGCUCCAAAUGGCUCCCGUAGACACAGUCAAUGUAUCCGAGAAGGCACAUCAUCAAGCACCUUCAAAGAGAGCUUAUGUGACGUUUUUGGCAGGUAACGGAGACUACGUGAAGGGAGUCGUGGGAUUAGCAAAGGGUUUGCGUAAGGUCAAAAGUACUUACCCUCUUGUUGUUGCUAUGUUACCUGAUGUCCCUGAGGAACACAGGGUGAUCUUGAGGUCUCAGGGCUGUGUCCUACGUGAGAUCGAUCCUGUUCAUCCUCCAGACAACCAAGUUAAGUUUGCCAUGGCGUACUAUGUUCUCAACUACUCAAAGCUGCGUAUCUGGAAUUUUGAAGAGUACAGCAAGAUGAUGUACCUGGAUGCAGAUAUUCAAGUCUUUGACAAUAUUGAUAACCUCUUUGAUUUGCCUGACGGGUAUUUUCAUGCCGUGAUGGAUUGUUUCUGUGAGAAAACAUGGAGCCACUCGCCGCAGUAUUCCAUUGGCUAUUGUCAACAGUGCCCGGAGAAGGUCACGUGGCCGGAAGAUAUGGAAUCUCCACCUCCUCCUCUGUAUUUCAACGCCGGUAUGUUUGUGUUUGAGCCUAGCCCCUUGACUUAUGAGAACCUCCUUCAAACCCUGGAGACCACACCACCUUCACCGUUUGCAGAACAAGAUUUUCUCAAUAUGUUCUUUGAGAAAGUUUACAAACCGAUCCCUCUAGUUUACAAUCUUGUUCUUGCUAUGCUUUGGCGUCACCCUGAGAACGUGGAGCUGGAGAAAGUCAAGGUUGUUCACUACUGUGCAGCUGGAUCCAAGCCAUGGAGGUACACAGGAGAAGAAGCUAACAUGGACAGAGAAGACAUCAAGAUGUUAGUUGAUAAAUGGUGGGAUGUAUAUAACGAUGAAUCACUCGAUUUCAAAUCGAAAGUCCCUGUAGAUGUGGAAGAAACCGUUACAAAAUCGACCAUCCUAGCUUCGGUACCUGAACCAGAAAUGACCUACAUUCCUGCACCUUCCGCUGCUUGAGAUGGUCCAGAAAUAAAGUGAAAAAAAGACUUGGCGUGUU